AAUGACGUUUGCAUGACGUGAUGCAGCCUGCGCUCCACACACCUCGCAGUACACAAACAAACAACCUUCAAUUGUGCUUCAUUUGUUGUUCGCAAAGACGAAAACGCGAAUUAUAGUGAAAUUUUAUUUGUUAAACUAUCCUUUCCUUCCCAUCCAAACUACCAAACAGUGCAAAAUGAACCGUUUAUUUGGAAAGGCCAAACCGAAAGAACCGGGUCCAAGCAUCAGCGAUUGUAUCAGUGGGGUUGAUGCACGCGCGGAAACAAUCGAAGGUAAAAUUAAAACGCUCGACAACGAACUUCGCAAGUAUAAAGACCAAAUGGCGAAGAUGCGCGAAGGUCCGGCCAAGAACGCGGUUAAACAGAAGGCCAUGCGAGUGCUGAAGCAACGGAAACAGUACGAAGGUCAGGUGGAAAAUCUGCGCAACCAAUCGUUCAACAUGGAGCAGGCCAACUUUGCCCAUCAAACGCUGAAGGAUACGCAGGCGACGGUGGCCGCCAUGAAGGAUGGCAUGAAGUCGAUGAAGAAAGAGUUCAAGAAGAUCAACAUCGAGGAGAUCGAAGACAUACAGGACGAUAUGGCGGACAUGCUGGAGCAGGCGGACGAAGUGCAGGAAGCGAUGGGCCGAACGUACGGCAUGCCGGAGCUGGACGAUGAUGAGCUACAGGCGGAACUGGAUGCGCUCGGCGAUGAGAUCGCGCUGGACGACGACGCCAGCUAUCUGGACGAUGUAGUGAAAGCACCGGAAGCCCCGGACAAGGAACCGGGUGCGGACAGCGUCACCAACAAGGACGGCAUUCUGGUGGACGAGUUCGGGCUGCCAAAGAUUCCGGAGUCCGUCAAGACAACCUAAGCUCGCUCGGCCUUAGCUGAAUCGUUCGCGUGUAUCGCAACGUCAGCGCAGAAUUUACCUUUAAUUUACCGUUAAAUACAGCCACCGGUAACUGCGGCCCAUUGGCACACCCGACGCCACAACAGCUAGUAAGUGAUCUGUUCUGUUUACAUGUAUAUUAUUUUACGAUUUUAAAUUGUUCCGUUAACCUUACACACUAUUCCUUACUGAACAAGCAGCACACUGUCUUGCAAAUAGACGAUGUAUUACCUUGAACGAAAAA